AUGGCCGGCCUGCUGUGCGGCGCGUCGGCGGUCACGGACGUGAGGCUCGAGUCGGUCGUGCUCGACUUCCUCGUGAGCGUGGGCGUGGACCACUCCGCGGACGAGGACGCGGACCGGGUGCGGUACUCGGACAGGAUGCGGGCCGCUCUCCCCUUGGACGCCCUGAAGAGACUGCUGCGGAGCAACAACGACGAGGUCUGCGCGAAGGCGAUGCAGCUCGAGCGUAGUCUCUACCCAGGUGAAGAUGAGGACGGUGACGAAGCGUCCUCCAGCUCGGUCCCCCAGGACGACCCCGCGGCCACCGACUCGUGA